AGGACACGGAGGACUACAUCAACAUCAUGCUGGACGACAAGCAGAACCAGCUGCUGCAGAUGGGGGCGGUGCUGUCCACGGCCACGCUCAUGGUCAAGCUGCGCCAUCGCCGUCACCGCGGUGCUCGGCAUCAACAUCCGCAUCGCGCUGUACAGGAUCCCCACCACCGCCGUCUUCUGGGAGGCCGCCGGCGGCAUGCUCGGAGGCGCGGCCGCGCUAUUCGCCGUCGCCAUGGUCUGCUACCGGAGGAACGGCAUACUGCGGUGACCAUGCGCUGUAAUUUUUUUCCGGAACGUGUGGGGUCACAUCUCGCACGGGCGCAGAUUCUGGUGGGCACGCUUGGCGGCCAGCGAGUGGUGGAAACCAGCGAACUCUCUAUCCACUCUUGGCUCUUCCCCGCCUUCCUCUUGCUCGCUCCUCUCUCCCCGUCCGUCCAUGGCGGCCGCACCAGCGUCCUCAUCCGCCUCCGCCUCCGCCUCGCCGCUCCUCCUCCCCUCAGGGCCGAGGCGUGCGUCGGCGUCGAGGGCGUGGCUCCGCGGCGGCGGCGCGUCCAGGAGCAGGGCGCUGGGAUCAGACGCGCCGUGCUGCUGCAAGGCCGCCGCUGCCGGCGGAAGCGCCGCUCAAUGCGGGGCAACUGACGGCUUCGUGAUCAGCAGUGGUAGUAGUACCAGGAGGGGGCUGCUAGGGGUGGCCCUGGGAGCGUCUGCCUUGGGGCUCGCCGCGCUCGAUGCCGUCGCCGCCGGGUUGCCGCCGGAGGAGAAGCCCAAGCUCUGCGACGCCGCCUGCGAAAGCGAGCUCGAAAAUGUGCCUAUGGUAACUACAGAAUCCGGCCUGCAGUACAAGGACAUCAAAGUGGGCCAAGGGCCAAGCCCACCCGUUGGUUUCCAGGUUGCUGCAAACUAUGUUGCUAUGGUACCAAAUGGGCAGAUAUUCGACAGUUCACUAGAGAAAGGUCAGCCCUACAUAUUCCGGGUUGGAUCAGGACAGGUUAUACAGGGGCUUGAUGAAGGAAUUUUGUCAAUGAAGGUUGGAGGACUACGUCGGUUGUAUAUACCUGGACCAUUAGCGUUUCCAAAGGGUCUUACUUCAGCUCCAGGAAGGCCAAGAGUACCACCCAGCAGCCCCGUCGUAUUCGACGUCAACUUACUAUACAUACCAGGUCUUGAUGAUGAGUGAAAACGUUCUGCUGAGACAGUCACCUUUUUUGUGUAGUACACUGCAAGAGCAACUUACUGUACAUUCUUUUCCGGCUGCAAUCCCUGUGCAAGUAUUUGUGUUCGGUACAUUGCAACAACGUUUGAGUGGGUACUUGGAAACUCACUGAAGGUACAAUGAUAUGUGACAA